AAUUUCGGUAACGACCAUCUUUAUAUUUGUUGCUGGGCUCCUACACUUAGCAUUACGGUAACCAUUGCCGCGUGGUGGUUACCAUGGAGAUCAACCACAGUACGCGGAAGAGUCGAGUUUGGUAGGCGGUAUUUGUUAUUAUCAGGACGCCAAGGAAGAAGAAUAACUCAUUUUUUUCUUUUAGAAUAUUGUGACUAAAGAAGGUAAAGUGAAAUUAAAUAAUGCCAAAUGUAACUGAAAGGUGGGCGGGGUUUCAAUGGCAAGUGAAAACACACUUAACCAGCAAGGCAUGUCUGACUAGCAAGACACUAAAAUAAUGUCUUUUUAAAACAUGUCUGAUGUUUAACGUUUCUAACUUGUUCUCCCAAUGCGUACUGUUCGUAAAGAAGUUUCCCCGAGCUCAUCAUGUCAGGCAAAAAGAAACCAAAAUUGACCAAAGCUGAAAAGGCAAAACUGAAGCAACAGGAGGAGGAGAGACGGCUGCGAGAGGAAGAGGAGGCCCGUAUUCAAGCAGAGAGGGAAGAACAGGAACGAUUAGAAAGACAAAGAAAGCAGGAGAUCUUAGAUGGGCUUGAGGCCAAGGACUUAGAACGCAGAGACGGUGAGCUGGAAGAACUUCGCUCCGUACUGGAAAAGAACCACAGUGCUGUGAUUCAAUAUAAAAAUGACGUUGCAGAGAAGUCCAAAUGGGACAAAUACAUGCAAUGUAGCGACAUACCCGACCCGGCAGUGCAGCAGGAUAUCAACACUUUUAUCAGCUUGUGGCGAGAUGACCCAAACUGCAACGUCACCUCUGUGCUGCAACAAUGUAGCGUCGCCCUGCAGUUGAUUGAGGAGCUGGAGGAGCUGCUCAGAAAUGCUGACAGCUUAAAAGAACUUCUGAGAUACCAGGAGUCUCUCAUACAUCUGCAGGAAAUGGUCUACACCAAAAUUGUCAACAUGACGGCAGAGAUCCUGAAGGGGGCCAGUGCCAACAUCGACACAGAGACAGGCAACAUGCAGGCUGUGAUAAAAGACGAGAACUUGACAAUGUGUCUCUGGGCAAACCUGAUGAGGAAUCACAGGUUUAAAUGUUUGGACUUUGAAGAGGCUGGAAUGGGAUUUGAGCUGACCAAGCAGCUGGCAGCGAGCAACAUCACCGUGCGGAUCCUCCACACACGCUACGACCACUUGUCCACCCUGUCCAGGAUGACCCACAUGAAAAUGAGCCUACCCUCCAUCAAGUCUCCCACCACAGUCGAGGAGGUUCCACCCGAGCAGGGGGAGGCAAAGGAGAACCAGGAGGAGAUUCUGGAGGAGGACACGGAUGCUCAGCAGCAGCAGGAAACCGUGGAGGAUGAGGAGACACCGGCCCAGGAGUCUGAAGGGACUAAGAAUUCCGAAAGCUACGUGUCAAGAAGCAGCAACCCGCAUCCAGAGGAUGGAGACAGUCAGAUCCAAACACAAGUGGAGACACUUGCCGAUGACCCCACUCCUCCUCCCCUGGAGGAAACCAUCGAGGACGCCAGCGUAGAUCUCCAUGUGGUGGACUUAAUCCAGUACACACCUCUGGGUGGAGUCUUCUACUAUGAAUUGUUCCAGCUGCCGCCGCAGGCUGUUCUGGUCAAAGGCUGGGAGAUCCAAAUGCAUUCAGACACGGGCUUGCAAGUGUUCGAAUACACGAUUGAAAAGUCCAGUCCAACAGAAGAAGACGACGCUUCCUCAACUCUCGUUGGACUGUCUGUGACGCUUCCUGAUACUGUUGUCUUCUUGGAAGCCCCUCAAGUGGCGCGCUGGGCCGCAGCAGAGAAGCACUGGAGGACAGACGGUAUCAGCGAGUUCUCUUACAACGAGGAGGAGGCCAAGAUAUCCUUCAAGAUGGAAUCCUUCUACCCUUUUGUGCUGAUGCAGCAAACCUACGCCAACUUUCCCUUCCAGAGCUGGGAGCUGCGGCCGCUGGGACAAGACACGGCUCUCUUCAGCAUCAACGGGGCGCUCAUGGACCUCAGCAUCACCAUCAAGGGGAACCAAUGCAUGUUGCAGUCGGAGCGAGAGGUCGGCCUCGCCAACCUCUUUGACCAGUGGAUGAGUGGACCUGACCUGCAGCAGGCCAUGCUCAAGGCAGGCAUCAACGUGUUUGUGAACGAGCACACCGACAAGUUUGUUAAUUCCUGCGGAAAGGACCCUCUUACAGAGCACACAGCCUAUGAACAGAUGUCCCUAUUUGCCUCUGUCUGCGCCUUCUCAUGGAGCAAGUGGAAUGCCCAGUGUGGUGCCGAGCAUGUCAUCAUGAAGGUGUGUGAGCACCAGGGUCCAGAUCCAGCGCCUGAUGACUCGUGGAGCCUCUACCUCCUGGGUGCUAAGAGAUUUCAGAAGCUGGAGAUAACGGAGAGCAGCGAGGAUUUCUCCACCGACCACCAUCCCGACAGCGAGUUUCACUCCACUUUCAUGCACAUGCUGCAAGACAACGUGAGCGCUGAAGGGAUAAGUCGAAGCAAGGAGUCCAGCUUUCUCUUUGUGGACGCUGUGCAGAGUCUGCUUUGUGCCACCAGACCGCUCAUGUUUUGUUAAAGCCAAACCAAAUAAAGUACACCC